CUUCGGAGCCUUAAAAGUCCGACUUUUAGACGACGAGUCUUUCCUCCGAUUCCAUAUCUCGCCUAAGGCAUCGAGCUUUUCUCUUGGUACGAGAGCGUUCGAGGCGCCCGUGAUGACGAAGCAGAAUGUUGUGCCGGCGGAUGUCGUGGCGGCCAUCGCGGUGGCGAGCUCGUAUCCCCUGUUUCCCUACCCUCCACCGCGCGCCGGAGGCCGUAAGAAGUACCUCUCCCAGCUCGAGCUCCGCGGUGGCAGGAUCAGCGCGUGGGUGGAUUCCAUGAAGGCCUCUUCGCCCACCCACGACAAGGGGGUCGUCGCCUUGUCUGGCGCGCCGCCUUCCGUCGACGCCUGCCUCGACGAGCAGUCCGCGUGGGUCAUGCGGCAUCCUUCGGCUUUAACCAAGUUCGAGCAUAUCAUGAGCGCCUCCAAGGGGAAGCAGAUCGUGAUGUUCUUAGACUACGAUGGUACGCUCUCGCCCAUCGUCGACGACCCCGAUUCCGCCUUCAUGUCCGACGCGAUGAGGGCGGCAGUCAGGGACGUCGCGAGGUACUUCCCCACCGCGAUCGUUAGCGGGCGAUGCCUGGACAAGGUGAUCAACUUCGUGAGACUGGCAAACCUAUACUACGCUGGUAGCCACGGCAUGGACAUCAAAGGUCCCAAGAAGCCCCGACACACCAAGGCCAGAGCCAAACCGGUUGUCUUUCAAGCAGCGAGCGAGUUCCUCCCCAUGAUUCAAGCGGCUUAUAAAGCGUUGUCGGAGCGGACCAAAUCCACAGCUGGUGUCAAGGUAGAGGACAACAAGUUCUGCGUAUCUGUCCAUUUCAGAUGUGUGGAUGAAAAGAGUUGGAGCUUGUUGUUCGAGCAGGUGAGGUCCGUGUUGAAGGAGUACCCCAAACUGUGGCUCACGCAAGGAAGAAAGGUGUUGGAGAUUCGUCCCACCAUCAACUGGGAUAAGGGGAAGGCAUUGGAGUUCCUAUUGGAGUCACUUGGAUUUGCGGACUGCAAAAACGUGAUGCCGGUUUACAUUGGAGAUGAUCGCACCGAUGAAGACGCAUUCAAGGUUUUGCGAGACAGAGGACAAGGCUUUGGCAUACUUGUCUCAAGGUUUCCCAAGGAGACAAAUGCCACUUACUCCCUGAAAGAGCCAUCUGAGGUUAAGGACUUUUUAGUUCGUCUAGUGGAGUGGAAUCGCCUGUCGAUGAAGGCACGUUAAAAGGUGUAAAUUGGAUACAAGUUGCCCCACCGCCCCUUAGAAAGCUUUGGGUGUGAGUUGGGACUGAAACACUGGGAGUUUUAUGAUAGAUGAUCCCUUUGUUUAAGGAGCCAAAGGCACCUCAUAAAGAGGUAGGCAUUGGUGUUAUCCUUUAUUCUUCUUCUUCUUGGGCUUGAAAGCACUGCAAUUCAAGCUUUCUUCCCUCUACACAAGCAACUGUAAUAUUGCAAUAGCAUCUGUGUACAAUUGACAAAGAAGAAACAGCAAUAGUUUCUUUCUGCAGUAUUUGGGGGGCGUAUCACACCUGUGGAUGUUGGAUACUCUUUUAUUACAGAUUGAGGAGUAAGAAUGAUCUUGAAGAAUGCGUGAAAUUUACUGCAA